AUGGCCACGUCCAGGCAGGAGUUUCUGGCAUACCUUGGUAUCCGAGUGAGAAUGGGCUUGUGGAAACCAGCCAAUUAUCGCGACUUCUGGUCGACCAACCGUGUUCUGCGUCACGAACUCGUUGCCGAGGUCAUAACAAAGGAUCGGUUUGACCAGUUGGCGACACACCUCCAUUCCACCCACUUGGAGGAAGGAGCUCCACUCCCAGAGGACAGGAUGUGGAAGCACCGACCAGUUGUGGACUCUCUCAAUGACUCGUUCCGAUUGGUCUUCGUACCAGGGCAGGACAUUGCCAUAGAUGAGUCUUUGUGGAAGUUCCGUGGGCGGCUAGGCUUCAAGACCUAUAACCCAACCAAGAGGUGA